GGUGUGUACACUGUACAAUGAUAGCGGGAAUAACAGGUCUAAACAACCAUCUGGAUCAGCACAAGAUCAGCACGGUUGCAACUUGAACGCGCCCCACCAGAAUCAUCAAGUAGCGACGAAAUGAAUAAUUCCAGUCAAUCUUCCAAUCUGUCCAUACCAUCUAUCCCGCCAUCUAGCUUUCAGAAUGCUUCUGUCUAUAUGUCACAAUCGUCCCUGCACGAUUCCAUCCAUACUGAUCCAAAUUCACCAUGAAGUGCUAAAGCAGAACGUGCAAAUAGCGCUUGACCAUCUCGCAAGGAUUCAAUCAAUGGCACGUAAUUGCUUGCACGGCAUACAAAGCGCAUAUCAAGCAGGAAAUAGUCCAGCACAUACAACAGGCAAGUACGUUCAUGUUUUUUUUUGUAUAAUUGUGGCUUUACACUUCCAAUUUUCAGCUGAGCUGGCUACACUCAUGCAGGCACUUCGCACACUUGCUGAAUUCCUUCGACAAACUGGUGUAGGCGCAUACCCCAUGCCACCCGCCCCCGAGUCUCAGAGUGCGGCAUCAUCGGUACCUCCCACAGAGCAGCAACUGAUUGACACCACGGCCCUAGAGGUACAAGUGCUUUAUGAGCGCCUGAAACGUAUUCAAGAGAGCAAUACCGUCGCUGUAAAUCUACUUGGGGCUGCUGAUACCGUCUCCCGUGCACGCUAAUCAAUAUCGGUGCCAAUUCUAUUGUGUAGUUUUCUAACAUCAGCCCAGUUGAUAUGCUACGAUGCGCAGCUUAGCUGGCUUCAGGUGACAGGGUGUUUGAACUGG